CACCGUUUUUCCCUCAGGAGUCGAAGGGAUCCGCGGAUACGAGAGGGCCCGGUUAGGGCUUGAGGCAGUUGCACAGGCCGGGCUGGCGCCUCGGGGCCACGGGACCUGCCUCUGGCCCUGUCCCUGCUUCAAGGCCCCCGGCCCGCGCUCUGGCCGCCGGAGCCAAGUUGGUAGAGUCCGAGGAGCGGGACCGAUUGGGCCGGAGAGCGGGGUCCUCCCCGCGGUGGGCCGGCCCCAAGAUCUGCGGGUGGCUUUGGGCGCGAAAGUCCGUGCCAACUGCAGAGGGGGCCCGAGGAUUCAAUGGUGUGUGUUUGGGGCGGGGGCGCAUUUGUGGGUAGGAGGCUGCCUGGGGAAUGACACUCUCCCCUCCACAACAGUCCGAGGUUAUGCGUCUCAAUGAUCCCGCGGAAACGCUACGGAUCUAAGAACACGGAUCAGGGUGUCUACCUGGGUCUCUCAAAGACACAGGUCCUCUCCCCUGCAACUGCUGGCAGUAGCAGCAGCGACAUCGCCCCUCUGCCCCCCCCAGUGGCCCUGGUCCCUCCCCCUCCUAACACCAUGUCCUGCCGGGAUCGGACCCAGGAGUUCCUGUCUGCCUGCAAGUCCCUGCAGAGCCGUCAGAAUGGAAUCCAGACCAACAAGCCGGCUCUGCGUGCUGUCCGGCAGCGUAGUGAAUUUACUCUCAUGGCCAAGCGCAUUGGGAAAGACCUCAGCAACACAUUUGCCAAGCUGGAGAAGCUGACAAUCUUGGCAAAGCGCAAGUCCCUCUUCGAUGAUAAAGCAGUGGAAAUCGAAGAGCUCACUUACAUCAUCAAACAGGACAUCAAUAGCCUCAACAAACAAAUUGCCCAGCUUCAGGAUUUCGUGAAGGCCAAGGGCAGCCAGAGCGGCCGGCACCUGCAAACCCAUUCCAACACCAUUGUGGUCUCCCUGCAGUCGAAAUUGGCCUCGAUGUCCAAUGACUUCAAAUCAGUUUUAGAAGUGAGGACAGAGAACCUGAAGCAGCAGAGGAACCGGCGGGAUCAGUUCUCCCGGGCCCCUGUGUCAGCCCUGCCCCUGGCCCCCAACCACCUGGGGGGCAGUGCUGUGGUUUUGGGGGCAGAAUCUCGUGCCUCUGGGGAUGUGGCCAUUGACAUGAUGGAUUCUCGGACCAGCCAGCAGCUGCAGCUCAUUGAUGAGCAGGAUUCCUACAUCCAGAGCCGGGCAGACACUAUGCAGAACAUCGAGUCCACAAUUGUCGAGCUGGGCUCCAUCUUUCAGCAGUUGGCACACAUGGUUAAGGAGCAGGAAGAAACCAUUCAGAGGAUCGACGAGAACGUGCUGGGAGCCCAGCUGGAUGUUGAGGCCGCCCAUUCAGAGAUCCUCAAGUACUUCCAGUCGGUCACCUCGAACCGGUGGCUCAUGGUCAAAAUCUUCCUCAUCCUCAUUGUCUUCUUCAUCAUCUUUGUGGUCUUCCUUGCCUGAACCCUCUCCACUCUGAGGCACUCCGUGGGGGUUUGGAACCCCUUUGGGAGGGCAGGUGGCCAGUGCUGUCACUGAGCCUAGGCAGGGUGCUUGGGAGAAAGGCCCUGUUUCCCUGGAACUGCUGAGAAUGGCCACUGCCCCUGACCCCUGACCCUUUGCCUCUGGCCACCCUGUCCUCCCCUCACCACUCUCAGGCCCUCGAAACACACACGGUUCUGGAUUUGUACUCUGCUGUGAAGUGGCUGGACAGGAGCAGAGGCCAACUGGGGGGCCGAUGGGGGAGGUUGUCUCCACUAGGUAGGAGAUUUUUAGAAACUCCCCAGCCUCUUCCAAAGGAAACUCUGGCAGCAAGGGGAGAUGAAGCCCUUCCCCACCUUCCUGAGAGUGAGGAGAGGAAGUGAAACUGCCCCCUGGGACCAACUUUCCCAUCUGGGUUAGAAUUUGACCUCUUUCUUCCUCCUCUCUCCACCGUGUGAGGCAGAGGGCUGUGAGCCCCUCAGCUGCCUGCACAACCCCAACUUUGGCUGCCGGUGACUCUCAAUCUGCCAAAUGCGCUGCAGCCCAUUUUCUCCCAAUUACAGCAAGACUGUCAGCCUCA